AUGUCCUCCCUUACUCAGAACGUGGGCGCGCUGCCUACUCGCCUUCGCAAUUUCUUCGCUCGCUACCCGCCACAGCUCUACUCCUCCCUUGUCGCACCACGUCCGACUCCCCCGGAGAGCGAAGCUUCCGCAGACCAGACCCUUCCCUCGCCCUACACACCCGAUCGUGAAGCAAAGGGUGCUCACCGGCCAGAUCCCGAGGCUUUCUCAUCUUCCCGUGCACUUUUGUACAAUGACCCUAAAAACCAGAACCCAUUCUUGCCGCGGAAGAUCUUCAACUCCAAAAAGUGGAUUGGUCCCCGAUAUGGGCUGCGGCAACAGGCAGAUCUGGUGAAGUUGGCCGUUAAAUACAACGUCGAGCCACUCCUGCCUCCUGGGCCCAAGUCCACGGAAUACAAGGCUGCCAAGCUUGCGGAGCGUGGCCUGCGCAUCAAGGGAACCGGUAUCGGCCAGAAGGUCAAGGGUCACAAGUGGGAGCGGACGAUGGAAGCGAGACUCGAGGACCGCCGUAAGGCGAUGGUGGAGAUGCCAGAGAUGAUCCGAUUGUGGAAGCAGAGAGGUCAUGGUCGCGGCUGGCGACAGUGGCCGAAGCGGUAA